AUGAGGGUGAUAAGUUUGAGCAAGAGUGCUAAUUACGCACUACCUGAUGUAUGUUCAGUACGGAAACUCCCGUUUCUGUCUGCGUCUGAAUCCUUCCCUUGUCCGAAGACUUCGACAAAACACACUGUUCCUCCUUUAAGAUGUAGACGGAGACAAAAGUUGGAUUUGCUCUGCGGAAAGUUUAGAGUUUAUGCAUCAAAUGCUGAUGUUGGGUCCGGGAGCUAUGGUGGUGGUGAGGAAGAUGGAUCUCAGAGUAGUUUGAUUGAUCAAUCUCAUGCUACUUCAUCAGAAAGCUUGAAACCUCGAGAGCCAUUCCCUUACUCUUUAUCAAUAGCACUUGUACUACUGAGUUGCGGUUUGGUAUUUUCUCUAAUCACUUUUGUGAAAGGAGGACCAUCCUCAGUUCUAGCAGCAGUAGCAAAGUCAGGCUUCACAGCAGCCUUCUCACUGAUAUUUGUUUCCGAGAUUGGAGACAAGACAUUUUUCAUUGCUGCUUUGUUGGCCAUGCAGUACGAGAAAACACUGGUCCUUUUAGGUUCAAUGGGAGCUUUAUCUUUGAUGACUAUCUUAUCGGUUGUUAUUGGGAAGAUAUUUCAAUCCGUGCCUGCUCAGUUCCAGACGACACUGCCUAUAGGAGAAUAUGCUGCAAUUGCGCUUCUCAUGUUCUUUGGAUUGAAAUCCAUUAAGGAUGCAUGGGAUAUUCCACAAGCUGAAGCCAAGACUGGUGAGGAAAGCGGUAAAGAACUUGGUGAAUACACUGAAGCAGAGGAACUCGUGAAAGAAAAGGCGUCCAAAAAAAUCACAAACCCACUUGAAAUCCUCUGGAAAUCAUUCAGCCUCGUGUUCUUUGCGGAAUGGGGAGAUCGGUCAAUGCUUGCAACGGUUGCACUCGGUGCUGCACAGUCUCCAUGGGGAGUUGCGAGCGGAGCUAUUGCUGGACACUUAGUAGCAACAUUGCUUGCAAUCAUGGGCGGCGCAUUCCUCGCGAACUAUAUCUCUGAGAAACUAGUGGGCUAUGUUGGUGGAGCUCUCUUCUUAGUUUUUGCCGCAGCGACAUUCUUCGGAGUGUUCUGA